AUGUUUCGCAAUGGCCUUCUGACUAGUAUGUUGUGUCUCGUCGUCUUUCACGCACGAGCCACCAGUGCAAAAUGCUGGUCCGACAAUGCUUGUAUCGAUGCUACCACGUGUGCUGUCAGAGGUGGAUCAUCUCAAGCGGGUCUCUGCUCUGGUGCCAGCCACAUCCGGUGUUGCACUUGUAAUAACUGCAUGGAUGUUGCGGCUUGUGAAGCAAGUGGUGGAACCUCGCACUCAGGUAUUUGUCCUGGCUCUGCCAAUAUGCGAUGUUGCGUGAAAGGUUCCAAUCCAUCUGGUAUCGGCUCCAGUAAACCAGUGAACAGAAUGCUUACGGACUUGGCUGACAUUCUUCGCAAAGCUGGUCUCAAUGUGGUCGAAGAACCCGGCUGGAAGACUCGUGGUCAUGGUGUGAUGGCCUCGGUAAAAGUGCGAGACGGUCGUCCUGAUCUCUCUGGUCCUCUUUCACAACUCGGCUUGGGUCGUUCAGGAACUUGGUACGUCAUCGCAGCUGGUCGUUCUUAUCACGCUGGCGCUACGAUCGAUGACUCAAUUUUCGGAAAUUCAAACUCCAUUGGUAUCGAAGCUGAGGCCACUGGCACUCCAGCCGAUAAUGUAGGACAUAAGCACUGGCCCGAAGUGCAAUGGGAGAGCUAUGUACGUGGUGUGAAAGCUCUUCAAGCAGCUUACGGUGUACUUACUUCACGAGUGUUGGGACACAAGGAAGCAGCAGUACCUGCAGGUCGCAAGCCUGAUCCGAACUUCUCUAUGAACGAGUUUCGAGCUGCACUCGGCUAA